CAAAUUUCCAUAAUUGGCGGUGGACAGACGGUGAAACAGUGGAAAGUGGAGCCUAGCGCCGCGCGUGGCCAGCUUACGGUACCGGUGCCGUUAAUUUCCUUCAGUUGACAUGACAGGGACUAAACAGCAGCAUUCUUGCCGUAUGAUCGCUGCACAAAUAGUAGAGGACCUAAAAAGAUGUUUUGACCUAGAGAAUGACUUUAUUAAAGGUCAGGAGCUACAGCAAAUUAUAGUUUACUAUGCUGAACAAACACUUGAACCUGUUGGUUGGAAAGCUCUGUGGAUGUCUGAUUCCAAUACCAGUUCAAAUUUGAAAGCAAAAUUUGUGAGUUCUAUCUUAGUUGAGGUAAACAAUGUGGACUAUUUUUGUUUUUACCAAUCCCUUUUUGUAUUAGAAAUCGUGUUCGACUUCCAGAAGAAAGAGGAGAUCCACUUCUCAGAAAAGUAAUGGAGGAAAGGAGAGCCAAAGGUAAAAUUCCUACUCGCCUUCUGCAGUUUGUGAAGCAACAUCAGGAGAAUGUUGAGGCAUUAGCAGAGAUAAAGAAACCAGAAAGGUUGAGUACAACUUUUGAUUUGGAUCUUCGGGGAGAUGCUGGCAUGUCAUACAUAAUUUUGUAAAUAACAAAUUGUAAU